CCGGCCCGGGAGCUCCCCGCGCGGGGACCCGCCCCCCGCCCUCCGCCCUCCGCCCUCCCCGGCCGGGGCGGGGACAGGUGCGCACUCCCGGGACGCGCGCUCCCGCAGAGCCAGAACCUGGACCCGAGCCCUGCGCAGGCUGACCUGGGGGGACAGCAGCCCACAGCCUGCAGACACUGCCAUGGCCUUCCUGGUCCACCUACUGGUCUGCGUCUUUGGAAUGGGCUCCUGGGUGGCUAUCAACGGGCUGUGGGUGGAGCUGCCCCUGCUGGUGAUGGAGCUGCCUGAGGGCUGGCACCUGCCCUCCUACCUCACGGUGGUCAUCCAGCUGGCCAACAUCGGACCCCUGCUGGUCACCCUGCUGCAUCGCUUUCGGCCUGGCUGCCUCUCCGAGGUCCCCAUCAUCUUUACCAUCCUGACUGUGGGCACUGGCACCUGUGUCCUCUUCGCCUUUGUCUGGAACAUGACCUCCAGGGUGCUGAAUGGCCACCACAGCAUCGCCUUCAUCGUCCUCACCUUCUUCCUGGCGCUGGUGGACUGCACCUCCUCCGUCACCUUCCUGCCCUUCAUGAGCCGGCUACCCUCGUACUAUCUCACCACCUUCUUUGUCGGUGAAGGGUUCAGUGGCCUCCUGCCUGCACUGGUGGCUCUGGCCCAGGGCUCGGGCAUCACCACCUGUGUCAAUGUCACAGAGUCAUUGGAUGCCACCUCAAGCCCUGUGACCACCAGGGAGACCCAUGGCACACAGGGACCCAGCAGCCCCACAGUGUGGGCCCCUGCCAGCCGCCUGCAGAGCAGCUACCUCCCUGCACGCUUCUCGCCGCUUGUCUUUUUCCUGCUGCUGGCCUGCUUGAUGGGCUGCUGCCUCCUAGCCUUCUUCCUGCUCCAGCGUCAGUCCCGGGCCCAGCAAGGCUCCAUUGAGGACCUCCUGCAGUCCCAGGUUACCCUCCACUCCAUCCGGCCACGUGAGGAGAAAGACACAGGCCCCCUGGACCCAGCAGAGAGUAGCAAGGGCAAGGGGCACCUGGAGGAGAAGGUGGCCGCCCUGCGCCCUGCACAGCUGGCCUUCAUCUACACGCUGGUGGCCUUUGUGAACGCACUGACCAAUGGCGUGCUGCCCUCCGUGCAGACCUACUCCUGCCUGCCCUACGGGCCCAUCGCCUACCACCUGUCUGCCACCCUCAGCUCCGUGGCCAGCCCGCUCACUUGCUUCCUCUCCAUAUUCCUGCCAAACAGGUCUCUGCCAUUCCUCGGGGUCAUCACUGUGCUGGGGACCGGCUUUGGGGCCUACAACAUGGCCAUGGCUGCACUGAGCCCCUGCCCUCUCCUCCAGGGCCACUGGGGGGGACAAGUCCUCAUUGUGCUGUCUUGGGUGCUGUUCUCAGCGUGUCUCAGCUACAUCAAGGUCAUGCUGGGCGUGAUCCUGCGCGACCGGAGCCGCAGCGCCCUCGUGUGGUGCGGAGCAGCAGUGCAGCUCGGCUCGCUGGUUGGGGCGCUGCUCAUGUUCCCGCUGGUCAAUGUGCUGAGGCUCUUUGAGUCCGCAGACUUCUGCAGCCUGGACUGCUCUGCUUAGGCCGGCCCCAUCGCUGACACCUGGAAGCUAAGGGGUGGCCAAGGUCACAGACCCCGCGUUGGGGAGCGGGGGACAGAGUUUGAACCCCAGGACCAUGAACCAGGCUGCACCAGGCUGGAUGGGGAGCUUGGAAGCGGUUCUCAGCCUGGGGAAUGAAGAGAGGGGCGUGAUUGUUACUUUGUUUUACUUUUUAAAAAAAAUAAAUAAAGACAUUGCUUGCUUUUA